GAUAUUUCAUCGGCGAAUCUUCCUCACUGCACAUGCGUUUGCGUGUUCGCCGAGUCGUUUGUUGUUUCAUGCUAGCGGAAAAGGUUCUGGCAGACCACUGUCGGUAACAUGGGCAAUGCUUGACAGUAGCCAGCCAUAUUCACCGUAAAAAUACAUCUAGCGCAUUGGGUAGUGUCUUUCUAUAACCGUGCUUUUCGUGGAUUUUUAAGAUUGCGAGGACAUAUGUAUUUUGUAUAUAUGUAUGAAUUAGCUGACUAACUGUAAUAGUAGUAAUAGUAGCAGAGUCCUAGACCAAAAUCAAGCUAACGUUAGCCAGGGUGACUUGUUCAGUUAACUUUAGGUGCAAUAGUUUGCUAGCAAGUAGGUUACAUUGUCUUGCUUAAUCUGAUGCAACCAACGAUCGUUACCUAAAGUGAUAAGAGAUUAACAUUUCAAAAUGACUGAAGAAGAUAACACAGGAUGUCAAGUGAACAACAAAGAUCCCGGGGCUUCAGAGUUAUCUACCAGUGGUGUGGAAAGCAGGAAUCUGGUUACACCCCUGGAGCAAGAGAGCAUGUUUGAUAUGGACGAACAGGACGACGAGAGCGAUGCAUUGGACACAUCUGAUCCGAGAGACAGUGCCGCAAGCCCCGAGGAUAACGACGAGGAAUUUGGCGAGAAUGAGAGUGUUUCGAAGAAGUGCACAUACAGCGGAUGCACGGAAACCACGACGCAGGUGGCUAAAGCACGAAAGCCUUGGAUGUGCAAGAAACACCGUAACAAAAUGUACAAAGACAAGUAUAAGAAAAAGAAGAAUGAUCAGGCUAUGACAUCAGGAAAAUUAGACGAGAGCGGAGAAGAUAGACCCGUCUCUGUCACAAAACAACGUCUUGGGCCAAUGGGUGACCGUCCGGCCAGACCAUCACUUAUCGAACAGGUUUUGAAUCAGAAAAGACUGUCUCUGCUCAGGAGCCCUGAGGUCAUCAGUUUUCUACAGCAGCAGCAGAGGCUCCUGACUAGCCAGGCCAGUACUAAGACACAGUCGGACUAUUGACCAUGAUGGGAGAGCUGUGGUCUGUGGUAUGUCUACGCCCCUGCUGCCUCGUGGCCCGUGUAAAUCCUAACAAUCAAGCCUCAGAAGAGGCUAUAGAAGGAGGCCUGCUGACACAUUUUUUUAUUUAACACGAGCGGAGUACCAAGGACACUAACCUAUGUCACAUUGACAUGACAUUAUCAAUGGGACUGAGGGUAGUUUUGAGGUGUACUGCUCUGUGUGUAGUUUGUAUCAUCUUGUGCUAAGUGACCUGUGAAGAUUGUUAAGCAGUUUUUUUUUAAUGUUGUUCUCUUAACUGCAUCAUGAAGCCGCACGAUAU